AUGGCCGUCGUGAAGACUCGUGGCGCGGUUAAGAAGCUGGGGCCUAUUGUGCUUGGUCGCAAGAUCGUCCAGUUCAAGAUAAAAAACUGUUCUCGACACUUCACGCUCCACGAAGACUUGAUAUGCGCCAACUCGAAGUACUUCAAAGAAAGGCUGCAGAAGGACUGCAAAGCUAUCAAGGAAGGAUGCGCCAUCUGUCAUGAGCAACUCGACCCCAAAGUCGACGAUAUCACGUUCUGCAGGGCUAAAUGCGGGCAGAACGUCCAUGAAAACUGCAUCGAGGAGUGCAAGACGUCGGAGACCGGCCGGGAUACUUGUCCGAUGUGUCGAAAGAACUGGAAAAACAAGACCGAGGACCCUAUCAUUGUAGAAAACGACCUUGACCGGGACGCCGUGCAAAUAUACAUUGACUGGCUAUAUACUGGAACUCUGCAUAUCGAUGAAAAUAUCAACCGGGGCAAGGACGAUUUCAACCUCGUCCUCCUAAAGGCCUGGAAAGUCGCCACGAUAUUGAAAGAUUGGAAUUUCAUGUACGCCAUCAUCGCCGAAUAUAUAGGUACAAUGGAAGAUGGAUCAAAUGCUGGCUUCUGGGUCAGCUCUACGAAGUACGCUUUCGAGGACGAGAAUAUAAAGUCAAUGCAGAUAUUCGUCAUCGAUGCAUUCUUGGUGUACAUGCGCGACGACUGGUUUGAGACCUGGGCAUCGAAAUUCCCUCCUACAUUCACACACGCUGUGUGUGGAACCGUCCUAGGAGCGAUAGUGGAGAAGGAAAGUUCCAAAGAUCUUUUGGCAAGGCAUACACAUGAACAAUACGAGCUGGAGGAGCACAGCAACGCCGGGGAGACUAAUGAUGAGGACGAGGCAGUUUCCCAAAACGAAGCGGAAGAAAUAGUUAGCGAGGAAGAUGAGGAAAUGUCGGAAGGUGAAAUGGAGGAGUCAACUCAUUGAGGUUUGAGGACCUGCCAAAUACCGCAAGGGUACCGCUCGGUGUUUGGGAUACAGCGUACAGG